AUGAAUUUAACAAAUAAUUCUGGUGAAUAUCAUAAUGAUAAAAAUUCAUCGAGUGAUGAUGAAAACGAUAAUCAGGAACCUUUUAAUGAUCCACCAUUAAUACUAAUAGAAAAUUUUUAUACUGAUAAUAAUAAUGAAGACCUUGAUAGUAGUGAUGAUGAUGAUGAUGAUACUGAUGAUGAUGAUGAGUAUGAUGAGGAUGAUGGAAGUGAUAUUGAAAAUCAUUAUGAUUCAAAAAAUCAAUUACCGACUGAAAAUCGUCUAUGUUCAUUGUUACGACAAUCAAAUCGUCUUGUUGAAUUAAAAUUAAAUACAUUUCCUAAUCGUUUAAUAAAUAAUCAGCAUCAAUCAUUACGACAUGCACUUUCCGAUAGUGAUAUGUCAAAACGAUCUCAUCAUUAUCAAAAUAAUCAAGAAGUACAAGAUCAACAACAAUCAAUACUUUAUUCAUCAUUAUCAACAAAUAAUUUUUAUCUUUCAACAAAUCGAUCACAUCGUCUUUAUUUACCAGCAUCAUAUAUACAUGAUUUACAAACACAAAUAACAAAUUGGUUACAAGCAAGUAUAUAUCUGAUUGAUUCAAUAUCAACAUCACCUUGUCAUAGACGAUGUUGGUCACAAUUAUUAUUAACAUAUUUUAUUGAACGACGUUAUAUUAAUCUUGAAUUUAUUCGUUGUACACAUUCAGUAUCAUUAACAACUGUUGAUCAAGAUACAUGUUCUAUACAUAAACAUGGUUGUGUACUUGAAGAAGAUGCAUAUAAAUUAUGUUCAAUAUUACAAAAAGGUUCAAGAUUAAAUAUUGAUUCAAUUAUUUUUGAUCAUAUACGUCGUAUUAUUGUUAUUAAAAGUAUGCAAGAAGUAAAUAAUGAUAAUACAACUUUACAACAAAUUUAUGUUAAACAAUUAAAAAGUCUUAAACAAUCUUUAACUCAUCAACAAUCAUCAGUAACAAAUAUAAAUAAUAAUAAUCAAAUAAUAAGUGUUGCAUCAAUAUAUUCAAAACUUCUCUUAUUUUUAUCAAGUCUUUAUUCAAUUAAAGCUGAAACGAUGCAAAUACUUUUUUGUCAACACCUUCUACACAAUCCGACUUAUUCCUAUCUUGUUGCUUCAUGA